AAUAUGGGAAGAAUGGCUCAAACGACAGUUACGCAGUUGGAAUUUACCCUAAUCACUUCCGCCGCCCCAACGGCUGCUUCACCCUCCGGCCAUCGGUAACUCCAUCCCGACCGGCAAACCGGAUCCGAACUUCUUCUUGUUCUUGUUGUUGUUCUUUGUUCGAUCGGCCGAAACCAUAUCUGGAACUCAGCCUGAUCUGCUUUGCUGCCGGCCAGACCCUAACUUGAUCUGGCUGUAGCAACUGAAAUGUGGGUUUGCCAGUCCAGAUCCAGCAGUAGGUAAAGGAGGAGAAACGUGAGGGAGAAAUGUAGGUUUUAGUCUUGCCGCUGGUGGGUGGAAUUUUCACUGAAGAGAGAAGGAGAAGAAUAGUUAAGAGAGUGGCCUUGGCAAUGGCGACGACUAAAAUCUCAGUUGAAUUGGUGGGUUUGAUGUUGCUAUGCAUAGCAGUGACAGUGGCACAGAGUGUCGAUGAGUACAUAAAGUACAAAGAUGCAAAGCAGCCGGUGGCUGUUCGAGUCCAGGAUCUCCUCAGUAGAAUGACUCUGAAAGAGAAGAUUGGUCAGAUGGUGCAGAUUGAUAAAAGUGUGGCCUCUGCUCAAGUUAUGCGCAACUAUUCCAUUGGGAGUGUAUUGAGUGGUGGUGGGAGCACACCCCUUCUACAAGCUACUGCCAAAGAUUGGGUUAAGAUGAUAAAUGACUUUCAGAAGGGGUCACUAUCUAGUCGUUUGGGUAUCCCAAUGAUAUAUGGGAUUGAUGCUGUUCACGGACACAAUAAUGUAUAUAAAGCUACCAUAUUUCCUCACAACAUUGGACUUGGAUCUACCAGGGAUCCUAAUCUUUUGCGGAAAAUUGGUGAUGCAACUGCUCUUGAAGUCAGGGCUACUGGAAUUCCUUAUGUCUUUGCUCCAUGUAUUGCAGUCUGUAGAGACCCUAGAUGGGGUCGAUGUUAUGAGAGCUACAGUGAGGAUCCCAAAAUUGUUCAAGAAAUGACGGACAUUAUACUUGGGUUGCAAGGCGAAGCUCCAAAUAGUUCUUUUACCAGGGUGCCAUAUGUUUCAGGAAAGAACAAGGUUGCCGCUUGUGCAAAGCACUUCGUGGGUGAUGGGGGAACAACCAAGGGUAUCAAUGAAAACAACACAAUCAUUGACAUGAACAGAUUGUUUAGCAUUCAUAUGCCUGCCUAUAAUGACUCAAUUAGGAAAGGUGUCUCGACAAUAAUGGUUUCCUACUCUAGCUGGAACGGGGAAAAGAUGCAUGCCAACCACAAUUUAAUUACAGGAUAUCUCAAGGGCACUCUUAAGUUUAAGGGUUUUGUUAUCUCAGAUUGGGAGGGCAUUGACAAGAUUACCACACCACCUCAUUCAAACUACACUUACUCUGUCCAAGCUUCUAUUUUGGCUGGUGUAGACAUGGUCAUGGUUCCAUAUAAAUAUACUGAAUUCAUUGAUGAUCUCAUCUACCUUGUGAAGAAAACGGUCAUCCCAAUGGAUCGUAUUGAUGAUGCAGUCAGUAGGAUUUUGCUAGUUAAAUUCACAAUGGGCAUUUUUGAGAACCCUCUUGCUGAUCUCAGCCUAAUUGAUGAGGUUGGAAGCCAGGCACACAGAAACUUGGCAAGGGAAGCUGUAAGGAGGUCGCUUGUGCUCCUGAAGAAUGGGAAAAGAACAGAUGAACCAUUAUUACCCCUUCCCAGGAAGGCACCCAAAAUUCUAGUUGCAGGUAGCCAUGCUGAUAAUUUGGGUUAUCAAUGUGGUGGGUGGACAAUCACCUGGCAGGGAUUUAGUGGCAAUAACUACACAAGUGGAACUACCAUCCUUGAUGCUAUAUCUUCUACUGUUGACAAGAACACAGAAGUUAUCCAUGUUGAGAACCCCAGCAGUGACUAUGUCAUGUCUGGCAAAUUCAGUUAUGCUAUUGUGGUUGUCGGCGAGUACCCAUAUGCUGAGAGUGCAGGGGACAACCCGUCCCUCACUAUUGCAGAUCCUGGCCCAACUGUCAUCAGCAAUGUCUGUGGGGUUGUGACAUGUGUUGUUGUGAUUAUAUCUGGCCGACCGCUUGUGAUUGAACCUUACAUGUCCUCUAUUGGUGCCCUGGUGGCAGCUUGGUUACCUGGCACUGAAGGUCAAGGUGUGACUGAUGUCCUCUUUGGGGACUAUGAAUUUACAGGAAAACUAUCACGAACAUGGUUUAAAUCUGUGGAUCAACUCCCGAUGAACGUUGGGGAUUCACACUAUGACCCACUCUUCCCCUUUGGAUUUGGACUCACAACUAAUUUGACCAGGGCAAGCUCAAUCGCAGCCGACACUAAUGGAGGGCGACCAUAUUUACUUAUAACUAUCAUCAAUUUGCUCAUCACUUCAUAUCUUACAGGUAUUUUUGCCAAGUUAAACAGUCAUGAAUCAAACAAGUGAAAAUGGAAGGAUGAAUUCUCACCAUUUUUCUUAAAUUUCCUUUUGUUGUCUCUAACUUAUCAUGAGCAAUCCAACAUUAGUUAGUUCCAUUCAUGUAAUGCUUCUUUCUAGUAGGUCAGGUCAAUCUGUAGGUAGCCAGCUUCUGCUAGCUUGGGAUGAAAGCAAAAUAGCAGUAGAUGUUUUUUCUUAAUGUUUCAAAUGCUUUAUCUAAUUCAAAUGGGUCUCAAAAUAUCAGUUAUCUCA